UACACAUAACAGUUGUGCAUUUAUACACUGUGUUACGCGAAUAUGAGAAUCAUACAUUUAUUUAAUAAAACUUAAGUUAUUCCAAAGUAACAACGAAGACAUUUACAAUGCCGGAUUUAUUAAAAAAGAUGAGACUAAUAGACGAUAAGAUAAUAUAUAUGCUGAACACCACAAUCCCAACCGAAUCCUUCAAAGGACAAGUGGAUCCUACUGCGCAGUGUAAAGACUUAUUUCAGCAAAUAGAAUCGGAGCAUGCUCAUAGGGAGCGAGCGAUCACUAAGUGUCUGAAUGUCACUAAGGAGAAAGUGAUGCACAUGAAAAAAUUAAAAGACAACGGUGAUGAGAGUACGACACUUCUCAAGAAUUUGAGAAAAGAACAGAAUAAGUUGAGACUGUUGCAAUCUGAGCUCAAUAUAGAAGAAGUGGUAAGGAAGCGUACAGUGCAGGUAUAUUAUGAAAGAUGCCGUGGAUUUUACAAACCACCGCAUAUGGACACUUAGGAGCUUCCGAAUAAUCCGCUGAACGAAGGAUCAUUUGGCCACAUCAUUGGUUAUUAGAUUGUCCAAUUGCUAUAUCUUUUGAAUUGUUUACAUAUAGUUUCAUAUAGCAAUCCUGGAAAUAUAGACAAUUUAUGACUUUAUCAAUUAUAUUUUGCAAACAAGCAU